AUGAGUGUGCCAGAGAUUCUCGAAGCUGCAAGUGGAACGGAAUCUCCCAAAACUCCCAGUACACCGACUGCUCCACGAAGCAGACAUUCUUUUGCCUCGGACGAUGCAUCGGAGAAAGACCCAUCGCCCCCUUCUACACCGAAGAAAGCGGUGCUGCAAAAUCGUCACGCCAAGCUUCGGUUGACGAGAAGCUACGACCCAAACGUGACUCGACAUCGGGCUGAUAGACCACACAGCUGCCGGGAACCCGAACACAAACAGGACGUGACGGACGACAACGAGCAUAGCAUACUGCGACCAGUGAAGUCACUGACGCUCGGAGGGGGGAAUAUUUUACACCAUAUCAUUGAAUCGGACUCUCCCAUCUCGUCGCCACGAUCCAAAAAGAAAUACAACUAUCUGCAAAAAAUGGCCAUGAUAUUUCACGGCCCCAAGUCCCCGUCGUCUGCUACGUCCAGCCCUGUGUACAGCGACGAAGAAUGCAGCGUCUAUAGUGAUUCCGAUUUUUAUUUUGACAAUACCUCCCCUAUUGCUUCACCCACAGUUAUGCACAGGGGAAAAUUGCCUUCGUCUGCAAGCAGUAGACUUAUCCCCAAGAAAUGGAGGUUCAAAUCGUCGAGUUCCAAAUUGGUGUCCUGUGCUACCGCCACUCUGUGGAGCUCCGAGGGUAAUUGUCGGUGGGUUAGUAUGAGUGGGCGUACUGUUCAACUUACAAAUACAUUAUUACCAUAUGUAUCUGACAUGGAGAGAAUUACAUUACAGAAAGUGGCAUUACAACGUCUUCAAGGAUAUGAAUUGGGAGUCAUUACAAUACCAAAAGAUUGUUCAUUGAAGAGGUCAAAGAAAAGUAACUUUUCAUUAAAAGGAAGAGGUAAAAACAGUAGUUUUUGGGAUAAUUUUAAAGACAUUGGCAAAGAAAACAAAGACUCUGGUAAUGGGCUUGUCUUCGGUAUCUCGUUGACGAAAUGCAUCUCCAACGAUAUCGCUUUGAAAAGAAAGCGAAGUACACAGCGGAAGGAAAGAAGAGAAAGCUUAGACUUGGCGAACACAGUUUACAGAAUAAAACCGGCCAAUGGAAAAAACAACGAAGCCAAAGAAAUUGUCAAGAGACAGGUGAUAGCAUCUGAAUCAUCGGCAUCCACAGAAAGUAACAAGUCUACUGCAAAUGCUAGCCUAUUAGACGCAUUGUCGUUGUCCACGUCCAGCAGUGACUGUCAUCGGAAAGAAAAGAGGAAAGCGUUAAUGGUUCGUGAACCACAAGUACCACAUAUUGUAGCUUCCUGUUUUAAGUACAUUGAAAAUCAUGGAAUAAGGGUUCUGGGAAUAUUCCGUGUUGGUGGUUCAAAGAAGAGAAUUAAACAGGUUAGUAGCAGGCAGUUUCUGUUGUGGAUAGGUGGGGGUGAGGGGUACAUAAUGGUCCAAAGUAAUACAUCUAGCAAGGGAUGGAAAUGUUCUCUUAACACUUUGGGGUUAGGUCUUAUAAUCUAUUUUGAACGAAAUGACUAG